GCCAGAUUUAAAUGACUGAAUCAAUGGAAGUCUGAAUUAAUGCACCAGUUAAAUCUGGAUUAUCUGUUGUUUUCUAUUAAUUAUUAGCUGGUUGUCUCUCAGCUGUUUCUGUCAGCUUGUGAAAUCUACUCAGACUCAGUUUGAUGGUGGACUGUUCAACUGGACUGAACCUGAGGAAACAGCAGAUUCUGGUUCUAUGGCUGCGUCGGUCAUCACUGGGCUGUUCCUGUUCUUCUGUCUACUGCAGUCUGCUUCUGCAGAGCGACAGAUAACAGCACAUCCUGGAGAUGAUGUCACUCUGCCAUGCCGAGCUCCAUACAACGCCAUCAUAACAGCUGUUGAGUGGGUCAGAUCUAACCUUGACCCUGAUAGAUAUGUCUACUUGAAGGAAGGUGGGCGUCUGAACACAGCAGACCAGGAUCCAUCUUAUGUGAACCGGGUGCAGCUGAACGACGAUGUGAUGCGAAACGGUGAACUGUCUCUGAUUCUGAAGAACGUGAACAGUAACGAUGAAGGAACAUACGAGUGUCGAUAUGAGGAGAGAGGAGGCUGGAAGAGAGGUGAUCAGAUUAAACUCGUCGUCAUCCGGGAUGCUGGAGAGCUACAGCGAAUACGGAUAACAGCAUAUCGUGGAGGGACUGUCACUCUGCCGGGUCGAGCUCCAGUCGGUGUCCCCGUAAAAGCUGUUAAGUGGACUAGAACUGACCUUCAGCAAUACGUCUUCUUGAAGCGAGAAGAGUACCUGGACCCAACACACCAACAUCCAUCUUAUGUGAACCGGGUGUGGCUGAAGGAAGAUGCGAUGAUGAAGAAUGGUGAACUGUCUGAUUCUGAAGAACGUGAACAGCAGAGAUACAGGAAGAUACAUGUGUUCCUAUACGAGGACAGGAGACUGCGAUAGAGAUGAAACGUUUAAACCCUCCUGCAAUGUCGAUCUG